AUGCCGGGUGCUCCUGCGAAAAGCAACCAUGGACCCCAGGCUGACCAGGCCUUCCCUUUGCGACGCGUGAUAGCUCACCAAGCCCACCACGCGAGCUCCACCAUCGCCUCAGCAGACCCCACGCUGCCCGCCUUCACUUCUGUACCAAGGACGACGACUCCGCCCUCUUCUGCCUCUUCUGCCUCUGCAGCCCUCCCCCAUGGCACGAACGAUGCUUCCGACCAGUCCGAGUUCGACAACGACGAAGCCAAUUCCAACGUCGCUGUCGUCCAUGGUCACCGCAAGAAGAUGUCGAAAGCACCCCUCCUGAUGCGCUCGUCGCCAGGUUUCGGCACGGGCUCCUAUGGCGCUGCGCCAGUCGAUUCCGAAGUCGAGUACCCCGAAGUCGAUGACGACUACGCCGCGCUACCGUCCAGAAGACGUGACACAGACGCUCGAGGCUCGAGGCGACGCCAAUCCGGCAGCAGCAGCCGUUCUCUUGCCUUCCGUACAAGCACGUCAUCCCUGAGCCGCAGAAGGAGAAGGCACUCCGAGGAGAUUGGAGGUUCGACCGUUGUUGGCGGCCUGGAGGGUCGCUUUGGAGUCACCGAGACAUCUCUUCCUAGCGAUUUGCUCUCCGAUGCGAAGUCGUACAGCUCGGCUGCUGACGAUGAAGAAGGGGGGUCAGACGACGAUACCGGUAGCGAAAUCUUCGACGAUGAACCCCUAGACAACUCUCCCUACCCUCAAGUCCGCGCCUCUGUGGCUCCUACCGACAACACCACCUUGUCUAUAAACACCCCUCGAAUGUGGACGCUGUCCACCCUGUUCUCCGUACUCGGAUCUUCUACCAAUCUUUUCUUUUCGCUGAGAUACCCUAGCGUUGCGAUUACCCCCGUCAUAGCCUUGCUUCUAGUCCACCCCCUUGGUCUCUCAUGGGACUAUCUACUGAAACGCGAAGACGAUCCCCACGAAGAAUUUGUGGAUGGCGCACGUAUACCUGCCCCAGCCUCUGGAACUCUGAGUGCACAGUCGGCGGCAUCUCCUGGAGGCGAGAGGAGUCGCGCGCAGCGCCUACGCCUCUGGCUUGCUCAGGGCUCGUGGAACGAGAAGGAACAUAGCUGUGUCUAUGUGAGCAGCAAUGUCUCGUUCGGCUUUGCAUUCGCAACCGACAUCAUUGUCGAGCAGACGCAAUUCUACAAGCAGGACGUCAGUAUCAUCUAUCAGCUACUGCUGACCCUGUCAACCCAGAUUCUGGGUUAUACUUUUGCCGGCUUGACACGACGGUUCUUAGUCCGCCCUAGCGGCAUGAUAUGGCCUGGCACGUUGAUGUCGGCCGCUAUGUUUGGUACACUUCAUAAGGAAGAAAACAAACCAGCAAACGGGUGGAAGAUAAGCAGAUGGACUUUCUUCUAUGUCGUCUGGACAUCUGCUUUUCUGUUCUAUUUCCUCCCAGGACUUCUGAUGCCGGCGCUUAGCUACUUCAACGUGAUCACUUGGUUUGCUCCAGACAACGUUGUGGUAGCAAACCUGUUUGGCGUGGUCUCUGGCCUCGGCUUUUUUCCUCUCACCUUUGACUGGGCGCAAAUCGCAUAUAUCGGCUCGCCCCUCCUGACACCCUUCUGGGCUGCAAUGAAUGUUAUCGGCGGUUUGGUGAUCGUGAUGUGGAUCAUCGCGCCCAUUGCCUACUAUUGCAAUGUGUUCUACUCGUCCUAUAUGCCGAUGCUUUCGGCCUCCGUCUUCGACAACACAGGCAGUAUAUAUGAUGUUGGCAAGAUCCUCACCUCAGACUUUGUCUUCGAUAGAGAAGCAUAUUCGAAUUAUAGUCGUGUGUAUCUUCCGAUCACCUAUGUGCUCAGCUACGGGCUGCAAUUUGCCGGGCUUGCAUCGCUCCUGACGCAUACGGCUUGCUGGCACGGGCGGGAUAUCUGGACUCAAUGGAAGAGAUCCUUGAAGGAGGUCGAUGGGGAAAGCAAGCCGGUAUACCAGCCAAUCGGAAGUGGAGGCAAUGGACUGUCCCCAAUUGGUAGGGAUACUGGGGUUACCGCAGGACCAGGCUCCAAUUCCGACAGCCUCAUGGGCCGCGAAGAUGUCCACAACCGCCUCAUGAAGAGGUACAAAGACGCGCCGAUAUCCUGGUAUCUGAUGACUUUCGUUUCAAUGACGGCCGUGGGCAUCUUCGUCGUUGAAUAG